AUGAGCGAGAGACAACGCGAGUUGUUUGACAAAGUCGAGAAUGCGUGCAGAGCGCUCGAGCUGGAUUCCAGGCAGAUUGGCGAGGAUGAAGCGUGGGCGAUCGCCGAGGCGCUCAAAGUGAACAGGACGCUGAACGGCUGGAGUACUCUGGAUGAAAAUCAGCUCGGCGACGCUGGAGCGCGCGCAAUUGCUGAGACACUCGAAGUCAACAUGACGCUGAACUGGCUCCAUCUGGGCCAAAAUCAGAUUGGCGAUGCUGGAGCGCGCGCGAUUGCCGAGACACUCAAAGUGAACACGACGCUGACUGAGCUACGUCUGUACGACAAUCAGAUUGGUGACGCCGGAGCGCAGGCAAUUGCUGAAGCACUCAACGUGAACACAACGCUGACUAAGCUCCUGGCGAUUGCAGAGGCACUCAAAGCAAACAAGAGGCUGUCUAAGCUCCGUCUGGACUCCAAUCAGAUUGGCGAUGGUGGAGCGAGCGCGAUUGCUGAGGCACUCAAAGUGAACAGGACGCUGACCGAAAUCUACUUGACUCAGAAUUACUUGACCGAGGUUGGAGUCUCUGCGCUCCGGCGAUCGGGCAAUACCACUUGCAAGCUGAAGGACGUGGACCGCCAGUGGACUGCUGUUCGCGCUCGGGAAUACACCGAGUCUCAACCUUCACUGAACAGCCAGCGGACUGCUGUUCGUGCUCGGAAAUACACCGAGUCUCAAACUUCAGUCACUCUUCCGACUGAAACUCUGCGAUUCCGCUCCGAGCUGGCUGCCAAAAACCUGGAGUUGGCUGCCAAAGACCAGAUGCUCGCUACCAAAGACCAGAUGCUCGCUGCCAAAGAACAGAUGCUCGCUGCCAAAGAUCAGAUGAUUGCUGUCAAAGAUCAGAUGAUUGCUGCCAAAGAUCAGGAGCUUCAACAACUGCGCUCCGAACUUGCUGUCGAGGGGUAUGAUGAUGAUUAUGAUGAUGAUUAUGAUGAUGACUAUGAUGAUGAUUAUGAUGAUGACUAUGAUGACAUCCCAAAGCAGGAACAUGUUGUUUGA